GCCGCCGCCGUUGCUGUGGAGGCUCGUGAAUGAGUGCGUGUGGCUGAGGCUCCUCGUUCUGUAAUGAGCAGUGACAACAGGUCCUUUUGUUGAGUGGCAGAUGAAGAAAGUCACCGUCUGUAUUGUGAAUUUUCCACCGAGUCAGAGUCGCAGACAACACAGCGUCAGCAGCCCGUUUCUUCACCGGGCACCAUGAGUCACUCGAGCCGCAGGGCCACCAAGGCCACCAAGAGCAAGUACUACAAGAUGCGGCUGUUGAUAGGAAUGUGCUUGAUGGGCCUGCUGCUGUUCAUCGCGGUCAUCGUGGCCUGGAGUGAGUAUGGCGCGUCUCUACGCCGGGUGGAAGUAAUCAAGAUGGAGCUGCUGGAGCUGACGCGGAGUGGCUUUCGCAUCAGGAAUGAGACGGGCGCCUUCGUCUUCCGUAUGAUCUUCAGGACGGGAUUACUGGAUCUCGAGUCGUGUACCAAAGAGAACGACGUGCUGAACUGCACCCGCACACUUCCCGGGACCGUGAACUUCUCCCUCCGCGUUGAAAAGCCUCGGGAGUCGAUGAUUUGCUACCACCUCUUCUGGAGGAAAUCGAUCGUCAGGCACACCAUUGAGCAUCGCAUGUCCUACAGCUUCUCGUUCUUAUAUGGCGGAGCAGAGAACAACAGCCAGCACUGGCCCGUCUUGGUAUCAGGGGUGCAGGCCCCAAGGGCCUUUGUGACGGCGGACCUCUCCGCCGGGCAGCCCGGCUUUGGCAGUGUCCUGCAGAGGUACUGGCUCUCCUCCAAUGGGACGGCAGUCAAGAUCAGCGAGUCAGUUCCCUUCCACUUCGGUUGGAAUGCGAGCGAGCAGCAGCUCUACUUCCAAGCUCGGUAUCACGACACGCCUUACAAGCCGCCCCCCGGUCAGCAGCCUUUCCCUCACCUAAGAUAUCACGUGUGUGUCGGUUCAGACAUCACCUCCAUCCACAAGCACAUGGUGAGGAGUUACUUCGGCAAACCCACCAAGGUCCCCGACAGCAACGUCUUCAGUUACCCCCUCUGGUCCACGUCUGCAUUUGCCAAAUCCAACGUCACCAUGGAUGCGCUGAAGAAUCACGUCAAUGAUAUCAAGUCAAAGAAUUUCAAUUGCAGUCACCUCGUGCUGCACGAUGGCUACACCCUUUAUUAUGGUGACUUUGACCCGGACCCUGCCAGGUUCCCAAAGGUUUCCGAGGAGUUCAAAACGUUGAAGGACGACGGCUUCCCCAUUUCCCUGUGGGUUCAUCCCUUCAUCAACUACAACUCUUCCAAGUUUGCCGAUGGAGUGGAGAGAGGCCUGUUUGUGCGAGAAUCCACAGGAAAGCUUCCUGCUCUCGUGCGCUGGAGGAAUGGCAUUGGCGCCCUGGUGGACUUUACUAACACACAUGCCAGAGAUUGGUAUGCAUCCUUGCUAAGAAACCUGACCACUGAAGCCAAAGUGACGUCCUUUAAUUUUGUGGCCGGAGAAGCCAGUUAUCUCCCAUUAACCUUCAACACCAGCGUCCGGAUUGAAGACCCAAACACCUUCACCCAGCGCUUUGCCGAGUUGGCUUUCCCUUUUUCGGACCGGGCCGAGUUACAGGUUGGCUACCACACUCAGAACAUCUCCUGCUUCUUCCGCAUUCUCGACAGGACUUCCAACUGGGGUUACGGUCUAGGCCUCAAGUCUGUCAUCCCCUUGGUCCUCACCCUAGGCAUUCUGGGAUACCCGUUUGUCCAGAUCGGCACAAUUGGGGGGAAUGUGCCUCAGAGUCUAACAGACAGGCGACCUGAUCGGGAACUUUACAUUCGAUGGCUGGAGCUCGCGGCCUUCAUGCCCGCAAUGGAGUUCUCUGUGGCCCCCUGGGAGUACGAUGACAACGUUGUUAAAAUUGCCAAGAAGUUCACAGCUCUUCACCUGGCACUUGUGGCUCCCAUGGUCCUGGAGCUUGCCAAUGAGGUUCUCUUUACUGGCGACCCUAUCAUUCGGCCCCUGUGGUGGAUCGCGCCCGAUGAGCCACCAGCCUACAAGGUCAGCUCCCAGUUCCUAAUCGGAGAAGAUUUUAUGGUUGCCCCCAUUCUAGAACCGGGGAAGAGGGAGCGGGACAUUUACCUUCCUUCUGGAAAAUGGCGCAGUAACAGGGAUCAUAUCUAUAGCAGGACCCCAAGGCUGAUGACCGACUAUGAGGUGGAAUUAGACGAGGUGGCCUAUUUUACUAGGGUGACCUAAAAUUUCAUGAACUGAAGUCAGACCAUCGUGAGGGAAAUAAGUUGGCACAGCCCCUGGUGAGUCCACAUUUUUGUGUCAUUGGUGGUCUUUCUUAUAGUGAAUGCAAAAUGGCUUUGACAUCUCUCACUGGGCACUCUGGGGUCACAUCCCUUGGACAUGUCACCAAGAAACAAAGCGUGUCACAUGUGUGGUUUUCUUCAAAUGUGGUGGACAUUCCUAAAGGUUUGACUGUUUGUGUUCUGCUCAUCAUUUGACCUGCUGCUACUCAGGACCCAUGGAGAACUGGUGCCAAUCAGGCAGACUGGUGCCCCUGGGAUUGCACCCGUCCUCCUCCAUACAUCUCAUGUGUCCAGGAUGAAGGGCAGAAGGUGGAAGUAGGACACUGACGGUCAGCUGGGAUGACUGAAUCCACCCUAACCUUGGUGGGCGUCCUUUCACAGUAAUGUCCUGUAGGAUCUGAGUCAGCUGUGAAAGCUACGUGUGGUAUGGAGAGAACUGGAGCAGACAUGCAGUGAAGCCCAGUUACCAAGAGGACUGUGGCCAUGUGGUCUCCCCUGUUGAGGUCCCACAUUUGCUCUUUCUGUGAGUUUAUGGAUUAUUUGUUAUCCCUCAAGAACAUGAAUACCUGACACAUUAAUAAAAGCAAAAUGGUUCCAACUGGCUUGUGGUUAAAAACUGAAAACUGGCAUGGGUGUAAAUUGAAAAACCGCCAGUCUGGUGAAUGUUAGAGAGAGUCCAUAGAGUCCCUUGUGAAAAAUCCUUUUGUUUUCAGACCUGCGUAAUCUGCUUACCCGAUUUUUAAAUUGAAGUGCGUUAAUCAAGACUUGAUCGCUAGGAAAGGUGAAGACGUCAAGUACCAAAGGCAGGGGAUAAGCAUUUGGACACUCGGCCUACUUGGAGUCAAGAAGAGAUGGAGCGUCCAAUCAUUGGAUUGUGUUUGUGUAUAAUAAUCGACACCAGACAUCAUAAAGGUUUGGGGCAGCCACCUGUAGAAUAUCGCUGGCUGCCAACGGUUUAGAUAAGAACAGAGCUGUUCACAAGACUGAGUCCAAAAGAGAACUAAUUACAGUAAGUAGAAGCAAGAUGGCGGCUUUAACGGGCCAUAGAGGAAGUGAUGUCAUCAAAGGGGCCGGAACAGGACAUGAUGUUGUCGGGACCAGAAAUGACAUCAUCAAAUUGGUGGGACCGGAAGUGACAUCAUCAAAGGGGUGGGACUGCGUGGGAUUUCUCUGAAAGGGUCUGCAAGGAACUGAGAAAGACAGUCAGUGCACCCCACCACCCCCUGGUCUGAUGUGGUAUUACAUUUACUCAAGUCCUUUAGCUGCCUCCUACUCGCACGUGUGUGACAAUGUUUAAAGAAAUCUGGUCAUUGCUGUCUGCUUUGAGGUCCCCAUGUGCUGUUUCUGCAGUUUCUGUCAGUUUUAUCAAUCAAAACAAGUCACGUUGUAACACAUCAUCAGCUCAUUCACUGGGGGCUUUGCUACCUUCUGCUUGUUAUGGGUGGCUGCAGCCAUUUUGUUUCUACCAAUGACAUCCAGCGCUACUCACUCAGGGGAUUGAAUGAGAAGGGUCCAGCUGCAGACCUCCACAAUUCAGCGGCCCCACUGGACAGCCAGUCGGACUGUAGGUUGUUGUUGUUACUCGGGGGUCAUCACUCACUGACGUAGAAUACAACGCGACACACUCGACGAUGAAGCGGAGCUCAGGUGGCCUGCAGCUGGAGUCUGUUGGAUGAACGCUGACACGGCAACUUUCAGCCUUGCAUUGUUCCUAUUUAAGAUGGAGGUGCAGCUUUAUUCGCGUGUUGGAUUUGGUCAAAACGAUCCAACUAGUUGGUAUUUGUUAGGGCUGACGGUUUUAAUAGCAGCUUAGGAUUCAAUGCCAAAUAUCAGGUGAUUAUUAUUAUUAUUAUUAUUAUUAUUAUUAUUAUUAUUAUUAUUAUUAUUAUUAUUUGCAGCAACAGACCAGGCGGUUUAUAAAAGCUGGUGUUAAGAGUUUGUAAGUGACGAACUUUGGGUUUGAAUUCAAAUUCUCUGCACACCUUAUAAUUCAGCUUAACGUUGUCAAUUCACAUACCUUGCAAGUCUUUGGACAGCAGAAGAAAUGGACGCAGACACAGGGAGAACAUGCAAACUUCAUGCAGGGAAGACGCGAACCCAGGUCUCCUUACUGCGAGGCAGCAUCAGUACCACUGCACCACCGCACCGGCCAUUAGGGGUUUAUGUUGUCGCGACAUGCUCAACGACUCGGCAACGCACAGAAGCAAUUAAAAGGCUAAUAAAAUGUUAGGUUAAAUCAUUUAAACUGUUCAAUUGAAGUCACCAGAUGUUAUGCUCAGACAUCACGAUGCACUGGUAAGACCACAUCUGGAGAACUGAGUGCAGUUCUGGUCACCGCACCACCAGACGGACAGAGCAGCACUUGAAG